AUGGACUGCACACAGCCACCGCUCAUCCCCACAGCUGAACACGCUGUGGUGACCGUGACAAAGGUGGUGGAGAGCUUGAGCCCAAUGCCGCCAUUUAAACGAGCAUGCGCAGUCGAGGCGCGGGAGGUUGGUGGGCGGGACCUAGAGCCCUGCGGGGCAGCGUUCCCGGAAGUGUGGAACGUGUCGAGCGGUGCGUUGUUGUUUUGUGUCCGACGUUCCGGAAGACCCACGCGGCUGCCGCGCUUCGGCCCCGGGAGCGGCGCCGUCGCCCUGGAGCCGCGGGUCUCGGUCGUGGAAGCCGUGUCAUCCUUGACCAUCGCGGACGCGUUCGUUGCGGCCAGUGAGGGUCCCGCCCCACCGCGUCCCGCGCUCCCCAGCAGGUUCAUCUGCUCCUUCCCCGAUUGUGGCGCCAGUUACAACAAGGCCUGGAAGCUAGACGCGCAUCUGUGCAAGCACACGGGGGAGAGGCCAUUUGUGUGUGACUAUGAGGGCUGUGGCAAGGCCUUCAUCAGAGACUACCAUCUGAGUCGACAUGUGCUGAUUCACACUGGAGAAAAGGCGUUUGUUUGUGAAGAUAAUGGCUGUAAUCAGAAAUUCAACACAAAAUCGAACUUGAAGAAACACAUUGAACGCAAACAUGAAAACCCACAGAAACAGUAUGUAUGCAGUUUUGAAGGUUGCACGAAGGCCUUUAGGAAACACCAGCAAUUGAAAACACAUCAGUGCCAGCAUACCGGCGAGCCGCUCUUCAGGUGUCCCCAGGAGGGAUGUGGGAAGCACUUCGCCUCACCCAGCAGGCUGAAACGGCACAGCAAGGUUCACGAGGGCUAUCUCUGUCAAAAGGGAUGUUCUUUUGUGGCAAAGACAUGGACAGAGCUUUUGAAGCACAUGAGAGAAGCCCACAGAGAGGAAGUCACCUGUGCAGUAUGUCAGAAGACAUUCAAGCGCAAAGACUACCUUAAGCUGCACAUGAAGACUCAUGCUCCAGAAAGGGAGGUGUACCGCUGCCCGAGAGAAGGCUGUGGGAGAACCUACACCACUGUGUUCAACCUGCAGAGCCACAUUCUCUCCUUCCACGAGGAACAGCGUCCAUUUGUGUGUGAGCAUGAAGGCUGUGGCAAGACUUUUGCAAUGAAACAAAGCCUUAUGAGGCACAGCGUCGUGCAUGAUCCUGACCGGAAGAGGGUGAAGCUCACAGUAAAGCCACCUCGGGAAAGACGGAGCUUGGCCUCUCGCCUCAGUGGGUACUUCCCUCCUAAAAGGAAACAGGAGGCAGACUGCCCUGUGUCUAAAAGCGCAGAGUCCAGCAGCAGCCCGGAAGGCAAGAUGCUGGUGCCAGCUACAUCAUUUACUCUGCACUAGUACCACAGGCUGUGUGAGGAACUCCAGGGCAGCCAACAGGAGCUUCUGCACAAACCUGGGUUUUUUGUUUUUGUUUUUUUUUAAUUAAAGUUCCUGACACAGAACACCUGA